AUGAGUGCUCCUCACGAUUCUGGCAGCGAGUCUGGUGAGGGGGACAACCUUCCGCGGCAGCCCGCGGAAAGGACUCAGCGGUUAUCGCGGCACAAAAUUACCAUCAGUCAUGGAAACGCCGCAUUUCUAAAGUGUCAGCUGCAGGAAGCCCAUAUGUUUAAGGUUGUUAUAGACGGCGAUGACGGUGGGGUGGACAUGCGUAAAGUACACGAACGCAUUGAGGCCGCCUUGCGUAUGCGACCCCGCUACAAGAAAAUAAACGAACGUGUCCAGAUGCUCCCGCUGUCUUCUCGUAUCAGAAUUUCACAGGAGAAUGGCGUCUACAAGGUCUCCAACCACAAUGUUUCACCCAUGUACUCAAUGCAGUCGUGGUCCACCUUUGCGUCGGAUGUUCAGCAUCUGCGACUAACCGUUGGGAACACCAACUGCAUUAGGGCUUGUUCACAUCGACUCAACAUUAUGCAAGAACGAUCCAGAAUGUUCUUCCUUCUUAACGCUGACAUUGAGGAAAAGCAUACUUUUCGAAGGGCAGGAGGGGUUUUCUCCAAAGCCACCAAAGUGGACAACUCGGUGUUGCUUUCACGCUCUACAGAUGCGCAGGAGCUUCUGGACUUUAUCCUGGAUUGGUACAGUCGUUACCCUGAUGCUCCGCUGCGUCUCCGCAAUGGCGUCAACUCGACACUUCGCGAAUUAUUUGAGGCAAAUGGGGUGCGUGAUCCAUCGCUUCUAACCGUGGAGGGGCUGGGAUGGCAACCGAGACCCGGUAGCAUCGAAAACGCUGAUUUUUCCCUUGAUUCAGCUUCACUUAGCACUGAGCUGCGAUAUUGUUUUCUUCAUCUACGCGGAUCUUGUGCCUCACGUUUUAUACAAAAGCGGCUUCAACGCGCUGAACAGCAACCACGGUACGUCCAGGCAACAGAGUAUUCUAUUCCAUUGUAUGCUACGUACUCUAACGAGUUGCUAGACAUUGCCACAGUUUUGAAUAAGCACAACGUUGGUCCCUUCAGACGCAACAUGUGGAUUUUGCAGCUUUGCUUUAUGCAUAAUCCCCCGUCGGAAGUGAAUUAUCCAGUGUACUGCAAGAAUAUUCAGGAUCAACUUGAUUUCCUCUUUUUGCCGUUGUUUAAAGCGACUCUGAAUCCUACCGUGACGAAGUAUGCUCCACUUGCUUGGUUUCUUAAACAAGUUGGCGGAUUUGUGAUUAGAACGCCGGCAAAUACCUUGCAAGCAGACUUUGAUGAGAAAGCUCCCGUCCCUAGUGAGGUACCGUACGGUACAAAACUCAAUGAAUUGUACUACUUUUAUUACAUGCAUGCUAAUUUAACGGUUUUGAACAGCUUACGAAAGCGUCAAGGCCUAAACACUUUUCAAUUGCGUUGCAGUGGCGGGAAUCGAAAUUCAAUGGAGGGCCUUCUUGCGGGGUACCUACUGGGUGAUGUCAUCACGCGGGCUACAGGAAUCAUGGAUUAUCCAGUUUUGCAAUACUUGUGUGGGUUACAUGGUGUUGGUCUUACUGUAAGCCCUUUACAUGACCACAUUCAGGGGAUCGUGCACUACCAAAAACAUCCUUUACCAAAUUUUUUGCAUCGAUGUUUGAAUGUAACCAUCGCCACCGAAGCACCCCUUCUGUACCAUCACAGCUCCUCCCCACUGUUUGAAGAGUACGGAACGGCCAUGAAGAUCUUUUGUAUGAGCUUUCUUGACGUCACAGAACUGGCUCGAAAUAGUGUGAUGAUAUCCUCUUUUCCGCAGGAAACCAAGAAGAUGUGGCUGGGGAAAGACUUUAAUCGAGGAGUUGAGGGGAAUGCAUUUGAGUUCAGUCAAGUAACAAAUGUGCGUCUCGCAUUCCGUCUGGAGUCGUGGAAUUUAGAGCGUGACAUGCUUAAGGAUUUAUACAUUAACCGAAGCCUUCCGCGCGAGGCGUUCGGGUCGAGUUGUUGGCAUUACAUUAGCAAUGUGAAGGAGGUGGAAUACCACACCGUGCUAGAUACACGGGUUAGGUUUCCCCGCACGGUUCUCAACGGCCCGCACAAGGAAGUCAAGUGGGCUGUCAGCGCCGCAUCUGCCAUCGCCCGCGCGCUUGAUUUGCGAUACAAGUACAUUUGGGAGCCCCCCAAUCCGUGGGAGGUGACACAGCAGCGUUCUGUGGAGGCUGACUUUCAGCGAAAGACCGACAGCUUUAACGAAGACGAUUGGACGUAUGCUGCCAAUGAUGCUGUCUUUAUUUCGUUUCCCAAAAACGUUGUGCACGCAUGGCCACGACAGCUUCCAACCGUGGAGGCAUUCCGCAACGAUUUGAAGGAAUUGCAAGAAAUUUGUGCGUCGUCUGAGGUAAAGGAUUUUUCACAAAAACGACUUGAAAACUUGGAACACCGGUUUAGCCUACAUCUUGCCUUGAAUCACGCCAACGAGGCGGGAACGACCGAAGACCGUGUUUCUUCUAACCGUGAUAUUUAUCAAGCGGUGAAGGUUGACACCCACAUUCACAUGGCAGCUGGCAUGACGGCACGACAGUUAUUGAGUUUUGUGGUGAAGAAAUACAUGUAUAGCGGGGACGACAUUGCCGUGAAGAAGGGAGAUGUGAUUCACACCCUUGGACACUUCUUGGAGAAGAACGGUAUUACCAAAAAUUUGACUGUGGAUCAGUUGAAUGUGCAGGCAGAUCACACCCUGUUUGAGCGCUUUGACAAUUUUAACAAUAAAUACAAUCCAAUGGAGAAUCCCGAACUCCGGUCCUUGCUGCUUAAGACAGACAAUUUUAUGAAGGGACGCUACUUUGCAGAGCUGAUUCAGGACGUGUUUGCACAGUAUUCAAGAGAUCGCCAUACAUACGCUGAAAAUCGUGUUUCCAUCUAUGGUAUAAAUAUCAAAGAAUGGGACAAUCUUGCACUAUGGUUUUCCACGCAUGGUAUGUCAUCUAAGCAUAAUAAGUGGGUCAUUCAGGUACCUCGCGUGUAUAAGGUGUUUCGUGCACAGAAUCUGAUUGGGAGUUUUGGUCAGUACUUGCAAAACAUUUUCCAACCGCUCUGGGAAGCCUCCUUACACCCUUCGGAGCAUCCUCUGGUCCAUCAUUUUUUAAACCACAUGAGUGGAUUUGACUCGGUCGACAAUGAGGCAACGCUGGAUUUACCCUUUUUGCCUGUGUCGCCGUGGGCGUGGACAUCAGUGGAAAAUCCUCCGUACAACUAUUAUUUGUACUACUUGUACGCCAACAUUCGUACACUCAAUGAAUUUCGAGCAUCACGCGGAUUUUCAACGUUUGCGUUGCGUCCUCACUGUGGUGAAUCAGGGUCAGCGGAACACCUUUAUGGUGCCUUCCUUUGCGCAAACAGUAUUUGCCACGGCAUCAACCUUCGGGAUGAUCCUCCAAUGCAGUAUUUGUUUUAUCUCUCGCAGAUUGGUUUGCAUGUAUCCCCGCUGAGCAACAAUGCUCUGUUUUUGCGUUUUUUGAAGAAUCCGUUUCCGGAAUUUUUCCGUCGCGGUCUAAACGUCUCACUGAGUACCGAUGAUCCACUGAUGUUUCACCAGACACAAGAACCCCUCAUUGAGGAGUACAGCGUUGCAGCCCGUGUGUGGGGUCUUUCUCCCAAUGACCUCUGCGAGAUUGCACGGAAUUCGGUGCUGCAGUCUGGCUUUGACUACGUGUUCAAGCGUGACGCUAUUGGGUGUCAAUGGUACAUGAGUUCCUCCCUAGGAAAUGAUUCCCUGCGAACACAUCUCUCGGAUAUCCGUGUGGCCUUCCGCUUCGAGACCUACCACACUGAGAUGGAUAUCCUUGAGUUGUGCUCUGGACGCCCGAUCAAGCGUUGCAUGCUAACAACGGCUCAGGAAGAGGAAAUCAACGAGACGAAUUUUGACGUUGGACCUGAGAAGGUCAUUUUAUCGACGCACGAUCAGGCAGUAGAAGUCAUGCGCCGUGAAAUUGAAACGAGAGAGGAAGAGCUUCGGGUCUCACGGGUAAAGGUGGACGCGCUGCGUCGACAGCAAAGAUCGCUCGUGGACAACCUGACGGAGGUGGCCAUGCAUAGGCAGCAAUUGCAAGAGGAGGCAGAACGCUGCAAUCGUGCGGAGGUGCUACGCUACGAGCGGCAUCUUCCCACACCCCCUGAUCCAGCAUUUCUGACGUCUGAGCGGGCAACAGUGCAGCGACUCCUCCGAUGGCGCCCUAUGCCGUUAAAUGUGAUGAAGCAUGCGAUGGAGUCAUAUGUGCCGCUGCGGAAUGCUCGUCCAUUACCCAAUUUAACGCCUCCCAAUACCGGUGUCCGACACAUCAUCUAG